AUGAAGAAAACUAAAGUAUGUGUCGUUGGUGCAGGGACAGCAGGAAUGUCCGCUGCGUGGUCAUUAUCUCGCUAUCCCGAGAAAUUCGAGGUCACAGUUUGUGAACGGAAACCACAAGCAGGAGGCGUAGCAACAACCGAGCAUCUCGAAGUUCAACCGGGUGUUUACUGUGAUAUCAACGACGGUGUGCAAGGUGGGUCAUCUAGUUACAAAAACUCGAUCCUGUUACAUCGUGAAGUGAACUUUCAACCAAGUCCUGUUCAUAUGCGUGUUUCGUUUGGACAGGAUUCUCGUUCGUGGACGAAUUAUCUACCUUCAGAAACUAAUGGGAAGGAAAUUCAAGAGCUUCAAUCAGAAAUUCAUCGUUUUGGUCUCUACUUGAAACUGAUCUCUUGGUUAGAACCGAUUUUCAUCUUCAUACCGAUUUGGCUAACCGCUCGACUAUUCUGUCUUUCAUCUCGUUUUACGAAUGCUAUGCUCUAUCCACUUACUGCGUUGUUUUUUGGUACGGGUAAUCAGACAGCCAAUGUCAGUUCCGCACUAAUUGCUCGCGUUUUCCUCGAUCCUGACUUGAAGCUAUUCGAUUACAAUUCUGAACGUCUUCUCGCUUCUCAAGCAGAUAUGUUUGCAUUUGAUAAACUAUCAGAAAUCUAUCAAGCAUUGGCUGACCGCUGUGUGGAAUUAAGCGGUGGCCAAACAAAGUUUUAUUUUAACGAAACAGUUACCAGAAUCUCGUCGACAAAUGUUUAUCGAAAUGCAAAUGAACUGAUUGACACAUUCGAUGUGAUUAUUUUCGCAUGCGAUGCUGAAAAUGCCCUGAAGAUUCUCGACAAACCAAGUCGAUUGCAACAAACCGUGCUUGGCAAUGUACAAUAUUUCGAUGAUGUCACUUACACACAUACGGAUCUGGACUACAUGAACGAACAUUAUAAUGUUCAUUUAGCUUCUGAUCAGUAUUUUAUUCAUAGCGACGCUAAUGAUCCUACUCGUCCAUUGGAAAUGUCGUUCAAUUUGUCAAAUUACCAGCCCGAGUUAAUUAAGUUAAAACGAGAAAAAUAUCCGUCGUUGAAUAUAUUCCAGACGAUCUUUCUUAAUAAAUCCGAGUCGAAUCGAUGGACAGUAGACAAAUUGGAUAAGAGAAAAGUUUUACUCGAACGUUGGUGGAGACAGUUUGCGCAUGUUUGGCAACACUUUCUCUUCACAGUUCCCUUGAUACGUUUUCUCCAACAGGAAAGUCCGACAACGCUCUUCGCCGGAGCAUAUACCAUGUUUAAUACACAUGAAAUCGCUUGUAUCUCAGGUUUAGCAGCUGCGCAUCAACUUGGAGCAUCGUAUCCUUUCGAAAGCGAUCGGUUAGCAGUUAAACAGUUCGAUUUAUACAUGAAUUACACAUACGGAAAGUGCCGAAAUGGACAGAAGACACUUCUACAGAGAUUCACUACAUUUAUAUUGCUACCUUUAUUAUGGAUAGCAAUAAUCAUUCGAAAACGACUUUGA